CUGGGGCUUCCCGAUUAGACGCCGCGCACCGCGCACCGCGCCCUGAUGACCAUGCGUCGCAGCGUGUCCCAGAAGCUCAUGAGCGCCCCGGCCGUGGCGCCCGGCGAGCGGCUCUGGGUCCCGAGGGACGGCGCCUGGGUGAGGGGCGAGGUCCUGGCCCAGGCGAACACGCUGGUGACGCUCGAGCUCGAGGACGGCGCGGAGCACGAGCUGGACCUCGGCUUCGGCGAGCUCCACCGCGCCAACGGCCCCGGCGGCGGCGUCGGCGGCUCCUACGACGACGCGACGGCCAUGCGCCACCUCAACGAGCCCGAGCUGCUCCACACGCUCCGCGCGCGCUACCUCGCGGACGAGGCCUACACGCGCGUCGGCACGGUGCUCGUCGCCGUCAACCCGCUCAAGGCCAUCCCCCAGCCGCGCAUGCGGGCCUACGCCGACGCGGCCUUCGGGUCCGGGGCGCCGCACCCCUACGACCUCGCGGAGCUGUGCUUCCAGCGCCUGAAAUCGGGCGCGCCCCAGGCGCUCGUCGUCGCCGGCGAGAGCGGCGCGGGCAAGACGGAGACGUCGAAGAUCGUCUUGGCCUACCUCGCCUGGCGCGGCGGCGGCGACGACGCGGGCGCGUCGCUCUCGGAGGCGCUCGACGCGGUCGCGCCCGCGCUGGAGGCCUUUGGGAACGCCGCGACGUCGCGGAACCCGAACUCGAGCCGCUUCGGCAAGUUCCUGAAGCUGUACUUCGACGGCGACGGCCGGCUCCGGGGCGGCGGCCUCGAGACCUACCUCCUCGAGGUCGCGCGCGUCGCGCCCGGCGAGUCGAACUACCACGCCCUUUAUACGCUCCGGCGGCUCAAGGGCAUGACGCCCCUCGGCGAGUGCCGCGUGCUGCCCGGGGGCUUCGCCUACAGCGACAAGGCGCCGCGGGACAAGGCCGUGAACGCGGCGCUGGAAUUGCUCAUCCAGGGCGACGCGCUGUGCCGAAUUCAACCACUGGUUUGGGUGGUCCUGACCAAACUUCAGAACUCUCUAGCUCGGUCACAUCGACGCGACGCGUCCGCGGUGUGGCGCGUCUGCGCGGCCGUCGUCCAUCUCGGCGACGUCCUGGUGUUCGGCGAGGACCGGGGCCAGAUCGACCAGCACCCCGGGUGCCCCUUUGAAUUGUUUGCACGGAACCUGGGCUUCGACGCGCACUUUGGCGACGAGGUCGCGCGGUCUCUGGCGGAGACGGUCGUGCGGACGCGCGGCGAGUCGUUCUGCCGGGCGUUGACCCCGGCGCAGACGCAGCUCGCCGUCCAGGCGCUGGCGCGCCACCUCUACGGGCGGCUCUUCGACGCCCUCGUCGCGGCCUGCGACGAGCGGCUCCGCCGCGACGCCGCGGGCGGCAACCCGGUGGGAGUCCUCGACGUCUUCGGCUUCGAGGCCUUCGAGGUCAACGGCUUCGAGACGUUAUUGAUCAACUACGCCAACGAGGCGCUCCAGCAGCACUUCUGCGACGCCGUCUUCGCCGCGGAGCUGCGCCUCUUCGAGGCCGAGGGUUUGGAGCGGCCCGACGUGCCCGCGCCGCCGGACUCGGGCGCCACUCUGGAGUUCCUCGUCGCGGCGCGGCCCCCGGGCGUCCUGCGCCUCCUCGACGCGGCCUGCGCCACGGCCACGGGCGACGGCGCCAAGGACGACGCGAAGUUCCUCGCGUCCGUGCACCGGGAUUUGGCGCGCCACCCGCUGUGCCGAAUUCAACCACUGGUUUGGGUGGUCCUGACCAAACUUCAGAACUCUCUAUCUCGAUCAAAUCGACGCCACCCGGGCGCCGCGCGGACGCACCCGAAGGAUUUGCGCCGGCGCUUCACCGUGCGCCACUACGCCGCGCACGUCGCCUACGACGUCUGCGGCGGGCCGGGCGCCUGGACGAAGGGCAACGUCGACGGCGUCGACGCCGACUUCCUCGACCUGGCGAAGGAGGGCGCACAACUGCCCUUCGCGAAGGCGCUCCUGCUCCCGCCUCCGAAAACGUCCCGCAAGAAGCCGACGGUCGCGUCGACGUUCGUCAAGUCCAUGCAGGCGCUCCACGCGACCCUCAAAGCCUGCGACUGCGGCUUCAUCCGCUGCGUCAAGCCCGCGCCGUCGAUGCGCGCGGGCGACUUCGACGCCGCGGCCGCGUGUUGCCAGCUCCGCGCGCUGGGCCUGCUCGCGGCCUGCGAGGUGCUCAAGGUCGGGCUGCCGACGCGCGUCCCCUACGGCGACGUCGUGGCGAAGCUGCCGGGCGACGCCGCGGCCUUGUUCGCGGGCCGCCCGAGGGAGACGCUGGUCGCGUGCGCGCUGGUCGCGUUCGAAGUCGACGCCGCGAGCUACUUUUUAGGCGCCACCAAGAUCUUCUUCCCCGCGUCGGCCCUCGCGGAUGUGCAGCGCGUCUUAGAUUUUGACGCGUCGGACCCGGCCGCGGCGCGCGGCGUCGCCGAACGGUUGGAGCGCGCGCGCGCGGCCGCGGACGGCGCGCGGACCCUCGCGGACGGCGCCGCCGCGAGCCGCGACGCGGCGUCCGAGGCCGCCGGCGCCGUGCGCGACUUGUUGCAGCGCUCGUCGAAGAAGACGGCCCUCACGGCCGCGGCGCUCAAGCGGCUGAGGGACUCCGCGGAGCGCCGCGCGGCGGACGCCGCGCAAUGGGCCGCGCGCCGCGCGGCCGUCGACGCGGCUUCUGUGACGGCCGCGAGGGACGCCGUCGUCGCCGCGGCGGCGGAGGCGGCGCCGCUGCUGAAGCGCGGCGAGGCCGCGCGCGUCAGAGCGUGGGACGCGCUCCCGGCGCUCGAGGCGCUCGCGACGCGCGCGGCGGCCGAGGCCGCGGCCGCGGCGACGCGCGCGGCGCGGGUCACGGAGGAGUGCUCCCUCGUCGUCCCCGCGCCGCCGCGGGGCUGGGAGAGCCACUUCGACGAGCACUACGGCCUCUUCUACUACUUCAACACCGUCUCGGGCGAGACGCAGUGGGAGCCGCCCGCGGCGCCCGCGCGGUCGUCCCAGCGCUCGUCGCGGACCCCGCGGGGCCGGGCGCCGUCGUCGGACUCGCGCGUCUCCGGGCGCUUCGGCGCCGACGAGCUCGCGCGGCUCGCGGCGACGCGGCGCGACGGCUACCUCAUGAAGCAGGGCCGCUACACGUCGCGGUGGAAGCCGCGCUGGUUCGUCCUCGAGGACUCCGUGCUCGAGUACUACGACAAGCGGUCCCAGAGCGACGGCGGCAGCGGCGCGCGGCGCCGCGCGGGCGGCGAGAAAAAGGUCAUGCGCCUCGACGGCGGCUCCGUGUGCUCCUUCACGGACACGGAGAACUGCUUCUGCGUCGAGACGGGCGGCCAGCGCUGGUUCCUCGUCGCGCCCGACGAGGCGGACCUCGCGGCCUGGAUCGCGGCGCUGAACGCCCAGAUCGCCGCCGCGGACGACGGCGCGGGGCCCGCCGCGCCCGCGCCCGAGGCCGCGCGCGCCUCGGACGCGGCGGUCUACCGCGUCGCGGGCGCCGCGCCCCUGCCCCUGCGGGCCCGCGCGGCGCGCGACGCGCCGCUCACGGGCGCGCGGCUCAAGCCCGGGGACCUCUUCCUCGCGAGCCGCUUCGUCCGCGCGGGCGGCGACACGUUCGUCCGCGCGGACGGCGGGUGGACGGCCGCGGAGGGGCUCGAGCCCGUCCGGGGGACCUGGCGGGGGGACCGGGCCCACUACCACCUCUUCCGCGGCGCGCUCCCCGUCCAGCUCCGCAAAGGCCCGACCUUCGACGCGGCCGCGGCCGACGAGAGCGCCAUCGCGGGCGAGCGGCUCCCCGUCGACGGCGCGUUCGCGCACGAAGACGACCCGGCGGCGGGCCACGACUCGGGGGCGACCUUCCUCAAGGUCGCCGACGGCCGCGGCUGGGUGCCCCUCGUCGACCCGAACACGAAGCGCUUCCUCUUCGAGGAGGAGUAG